AUGCGCUUCAUGCUGCUGUUCAGCCGCCAAGGGAAGCUGCGCCUGCAGAAGUGGUACCUGGCCACCGCCGACCGGGACAAGAAGAAGAUGGUGCGGGAGCUGAUGCAGGUGGUGCUGGCCCGGAAGCCCAAGAUGUGCAGCUUCCUGGAGUGGAGGGACCUCAAGGUCGUCUACAAGAGGUACGCCAGCCUCUACUUCUGCUGCGCCAUCGAGGGGCAGGACAACGAGCUCAUCACCCUGGAGCUGAUCCACCGCUACGUCGAGCUCCUCGACAAGUACUUCGGCAGCGUGUGCGAGCUGGACAUCAUCUUCAACUUUGAGAAGGCCUACUUCAUCCUGGACGA